AUGAGGGCUCUUUUGACUGUACUUUGUCUUACAAUAACGAUCUGCUUGUCACAUGGCAAACCACCUGUUCCAAAUUCUUUAAUUAUUCGGCAGCGUCGUGAGUCAGAUGUUUUCGGAAAUACAAGACAGUUGGUAAAGGAACUGGUAGAAGGCUUGCGUGGAUCUGCCCGACAGGCUAUGGAGGCAAUUGGAAACUUUUCAACUGGUAUUCAAAAAGAAGUCAAACUGGUUAACGAGAAAAUUAAUACGGAAGUGCAGAAGUUACAAGGGCAAAUCGACGAUGGUAUUAAAUCUGUUACCGCCAGGUUUACUAACGCUACUGAAAUCGUAACAGACUGCGUUAAGUCGCAUCAACAACAAGCAGAGGAUCUCAUCAAUCGUACAUUUGUCGAAACCAGGGCUUGCGUAGACGACCGAAUACAACAACUUAGCUAUAUGAUAGGUAGCCUCGAGGCACAAUCGGUCGGCGCACUCGAUUAUGCAAAUAACGUAAUCGAAAGUAUGAGAAAGUGUACAACAGAGGACACGGAAAAUAUUAUAUACAUUGGAUCUUGUAUAGGACCCAUUGCGCUGCAAGCUCAAAUUAAGAGUAUAAUAUUCAUAGCGCAAAGUGGAGUUUCGAUCGCACGCAUUAACUUCGCAAUAGGCAUGCUACCAGCAGCAUUUGAAAUUUGCGCUGGUUCUAAUAUGAUGGAAGCUAGUGUCGGCACUGCGAAAAUAGUGAUCGAUAUAGGAAGCUGUUCGGCGUCAUCAAUAUAUUCAUCGCUUAUUUCCAUAAACUGA